AGAUUCUCUCUGUGACCGUUGCAGAGACCGUCGCAGCGCGAGCGCGCCUGGGGAGCCGUUUGAGAACUGGACUGGGGCCGCGCCAGGCGCCGGGCAGAGGCCGCCUGUGACUGCAGCCUCGCUCGGAGCGGCGGCGGCGCCAUGCGGCUCUGGCUGCUGGCCGUGCUGGGGCUGGGAGUGCUGGCGGGUAUGUGCGGCGCACAGCGCGGGAGGGCCAGGCCGGUCCUGCCCAUCAUCACCAACAAGACGUUCAUCGACGCCUGCGUCCGGGAGCACAACAAGCACCGCACCGCCGUCCGGCCCGCUGCCGCCAACAUGCUCUACAUGACUUGGGAUGCAGCUUUAGCACGGACUGCGAGGGCAUGGGCAAAAAAAUGCCUUUUUGAACAUAGUCCGUAUUUAAUGGAAAAAUAUAUGUCCCAUCCUCAUUAUGGGCAUGUUGGAGAAAAUAUCUGGACUGGACCUUACGGGUUAUUUAGUGUCCCUGAAGCCAUCAAAUUAUGGACCGACGAAGUCCAGCACUACAAUCUUCAGACUAACAAGUGUACUAAAACAUGUGGUCAUUAUACUCAGGUUGUUUGGGAUAAUUCUCAUAAGGUGGGCUGUGCUGUUGCUUUUUGUCGUAUAGCUGCCGGAAUAAGAGAUGCGGCACAUUUUAUAUGCAACUAUGUACCAAGCGGCAAUUACCCAAGAAAACCUUAUAAAGCAGGAUCAUCAUGUAGUCUGUGCUCAAAAGAGGACACCUGUGUGGACAACCUAUGUAGAAAUCCAAAACGUGAUAAAAUUAUACGUUACACAAGAUGGUAUCCACCCUGGGAGAAUAGGAUCGUAUGUGACGAGUCCUGUAUUGCUGUUGUGGUUUUAAGACCAGCACUGAUGUUAUUGGCUUCUCUAGUUGUUUUUCUUAUGCAGAAGCGUUAUUCAAAUAUGAGUAUAUCUAAAUAAUCUAUUUGCAAUAUAUAUUUCAUGAAAAGUUAUGACAAGUCCUUAA